AUGAAUUCCCUUAUUUUAGAAUCAAUAGAGGCCUUAAAAGAGAAUUUAGUUCCAUCUCAAAAAUAUGUUUGGCAAUCAUUUAUGCUAACUGAUAAACAUUACUAUCAUUAAAGCGAGACUAUAGAAAUAUAUGUGAAUGCUUUCGAUAGAGACACCCUGUUACAGCCAUUUACAAAAGAAUUAAAUCUUGAGCAGGGAGAGUUAGAUAAAUUCAAAUCAUCAAUCUACGUUGAUAUUACUUCAAAGAUGCAAAGUAUCCUUUUGAGAGAAAAUGUCGUCAUUGACUCAAUAAAUGGAGGGAUCACUAAAAUCGACCUAUUUAAUAUCCAAAUAGAUUCAGGCUUUUUCACUCUUAGGGUUUACGGGGAUAAUAUAAUUCCUUAGCAUUAGGUCAUCUACAUUUAUGGUAAAGAUGAAAAAUUAAAUGUAAUUUAACAUUCAGAGAACGAGCAUAAGAAAGAAGAUCCUUCUGAAAGUUAAAUUAAAGAAGAUACUUCAGCAAGUUAAGAUAUUCUGAGUGUUUCUUUUAAUAGGAAAGUCUAUGUAGUAGGUGCUUUUGCCUAAUUAAAAAUAUUGAUAAACUAAAAACAUUUGGACUUUAAUAAAUAUAGUAUUAAAGUUAAUAUCAAAGAUGGAAGUAGAUAAAUAGGAGAUAGAGAAAUCAUUCAAUCCCCGAGAAGAGAGGGAGUAAUAAUCCUGAAUAUAAGUUUACCAAUUAAGAUAUAAGAAGAAUCAAUUUUAGCAAUUGUGAAGUUAUAAUAACGAAAUGAUUCUACAAUCAUUACUUAGAUAGAAACUACUGCAAGAAUAUUCAAACUUAAUUAAGAUCAAUAAUCUGACUUAAAAUUUUCAGAUGUUAUCGUUAAUUAUAAAAAACCUGAUCAAUUGAAGUCACUUAAAGUCUUAUAUACCAAGGAUUCAAAUUAGAAUUAUGAAGCCAAUUUACCAAAUAAGUAUUAUGUAACGAUUUAUGAUGAAAUUUCGGGAGAAUUAUAUGACUUUAAAACAUUGAGAAUUUUUUCCAAUUACUAGCCUAAUGAAAUAAUUACAUUUGUUCAACCAUUUACCAAAGGUAAAGCUAUAUUUGAAUACAGAAAUGGAGAUAAUGACUAUCCUAUUAUUCAAUUUAAAAACGAUGCAACACUUAGGUACAUUACUGAGGCUCUCACUCCUGAAAAAAACCCAUUGAAAACCCUUUUGCAAUUUAAUAAGUGGUUGGGCCUUAAUUACAAUCCAGCCUUAAAUGAUAGAAUUGAAAAAUAAUUUGUGAACAGUAAUCCAAACCUUUAGGAAAAGUUAAAAUCAAUAGAGUAAUCACUAAAUAUUAAAAAUCUAGAUUAUUCCUAGUUCAUCCCAUUAGAUUUGCUUUAUGGAUUAAAACUAUCUUAAACUAGUUUAUCUGGUUGUAAUGAUAUAUCCUAGUAUCAUAAAACAUACCCUCUGAGAAUUGAAUAUGACUAUUAGAUAGAUGAAAUCAAACACCAUAUUAAGAAAAUGAAUUCUCUCUAAAGCGAAGAGUAUUCAAUGAUAAUUAGCUUUACAAUUAUUAACAGAGUCUUAAAAAGUGAAGAAGAAGAUCUAUAAUAUAGCAUUAAGGGAAAUUAGAAAAUGGUUCGUAGAGAAAACUUCAUUUUACAGAUUACCCACAGAUAAUAGAUCAUUUAGCAAACAAUUUUUUCAAUUCGUGCAGGAGAGGAAGUUAAUAGCAGUAUAAAAGCAGCAAAUAUGAAAGGGUUUUAUGGAUCUUUUACAGCUAAUAUCUUCUUGGUAGAUGAAGAAUCACUAUUAGUACUAAAUAAAAUCUAUGAAGAAAUUAAAGCAUCAGGAAUAAAGAGAUUAUACAGUGCAUAAAAUUUACUGAAAUCAUUCUAGAUUCAAACCUCAUCAAAUUUUUAUAAAAAGAGACAAAACCAGAAAAUUUAAGUCAAUAUAUCUCUUUAAAAUAAUGAUAGACCAAUAAUUGAGGGGUAAACUUUCAAAUUUAGAGUAGAUCUACUUAAAUUAGCAGAAGGUUAAGUUGAUCAAGAUUAUUACUUAGUAGCUAUUUUAAGAGAAUAAAGCAAUCAGACUAUUGAAAAUACAAUGUGCUCAUCUCUGAAGUCCUAAAUUGAGAUGUAUCCAGAAUUAGUCACGAUUCAGAACUAUGACUGUCAUAAUUUCGAAUAACAUGAGCAUCAUGUGAAUAUAUCUGAUGAUUAAUAUGAAUUUUUCUCUGCUUUUCAUUCAAGUAGAAUGUCAAUAUUAGACUUACCUAAUCUCUAAUACUUCAAUAAAUCAGGAGAGGACACUUAUGAAAAAGUGAUUCGAUUCCAGAAUUUGUUUGGAAAUACCUUAAACAAAAAAUCAGAUUAUUACUAGAAAAAUCCACCUGUUUUGCAUCAUAAUGUGAGUGAAAUUCCCUAAUUAGGUAAUCAAGAAACAUCUAACAGAGUAAAAAUCAUAAAGGGAAAUAUGAAAGAUCAAAGAUUUGAAGGAGACUUCUAAGUAGACAACUCUCAGAAAUCAUAUGAAUUACUUGUAAAUGUUUACUCAUCUAAAGGGGAUCACACUAUUUCUAGAAUACAUUUUAACACUACAAGUGCAGUUGAUUUAAAAUUAGUUAAAAAUAAUCUGAUUGUUGUAAGUCCCUUCUGGAGAGCAACAAUAGUCAACUUGGAGCUGACUAAUAGGUUUGAAACAGAAAUAACCUAUAAUCUUAUAUAGAUAGAAGACAAUGAAAAGGAUUUAUCUAUAAAGAAUAGACAGCUUUAUGACCAUAAUACUCUUAAAAACUAGGUGCUAGAUUCCUAGAGCAAACAAAUUCUUAAUUUCACGAUACAAAUUCCAGAGUCUUAGGAAUAUUAAUUACAUCUUAAAGAAAUAAAAGUGAAAUUAACUGCAAUUUCUUAAGGAAUGAAAACAAUCAAGAUCCUAAAAUUCAAUAUUGGUGUUGAGGGCUAUUAGUUAGAAUCAAAUCUUGUUAAAUCAGGUAUCAUCAGUUAUGACAGAGCUAAUAUGUCCUAUAAUUUAGGUUAUAAGAUCUAUCAACAUAGCAAUGAAAUAAAUUCAAAUAAUCAAACAUACUAGCUCUAAAUUUUUAGAUCACUUGACGACUUUAUAAUAGAUGAGCCAGUUCAGUUUAUAGAGUAACGAUACUUUGGAUUCAAUUUUAAUCUGAGGAACAUUAUUAUACGAUCUAUAAAAUGCUAAAUAAUUUGGAAGGUCAAUGAGGCUACAUCUUUACUAAACCGAUAGAAGAAACAUGAAAUUGAACUGAGUGAUAACAAACUGGCAAUAGCUGAGUCAUUCAAAGCAAUCCUUGGAGAUCUGAUACUACUUAGAAAGUCUGAUCCAAAUAGUUUUAAAGACCAAGAAAUUGAUUUUAACUAGCUACAUUUAGUCUCCUUCGCUCUUGAUCAAAUGGUCAAAUCUACUAAUACAUUCCAAGCCUUUUACAUUAGAAUGCUCAGCUCUGAAAUUAUCUAAAAGCAAUACUAUCAGAAAGAAUUGCUAUUAAGCAUUGACUACUACGAUAAUCCAGAUUUUGCUUAAAGGUUUAUAAACGAAUUCCUAGUAAAAGCUUGGAUAGCUCUCUAAGAGAAUGUUGAUUAGAAACUAAAGGUAGAUAUCUUAGAUACUCUACUGUACCAUUCAAAUAUUAUAGAAUUUGAAGGAAACGUUUAAAAGGAUAUUAACUAUCAAAUAAUUGCAUUAUUUAUUGUAAUGAUGUUUGAUGGAACUAAAACUCACGGUAUCUAUGCUGGUGCUUUUGAAUCCCUUAUUGUUCAUGUUGAUAGAGAUUUUAUAUUGCUAAGUCAACAUGCUUAAUUUGAUGAUAAAACAGAGUAAAUGAUCUUCUAUUCAUCAUUAAGACUUCUUUAAUAGCUCAAGGUACUUUAAGAAAAGUAGUUUCAGGUGUCUGAAUAAAAAUUAAUUAGAAAGUAUAAAGCACUAAUACAAAAUUUAAGAUUUGUUGAACAGUGCUCAUUUGAAGUAUAACUCUUUUAUUACAUGAGUAUCCUGAGCUUUUAAGAUGCAAAAAAUGCCAAAAAGGAACUCCAUAAUGAUCAAGAUUUGAAUAUUAGAACUAAUAUUUUUCUUGAUAACUAUUAUGUCGACAAUGUAUUGUUUAAUUUGCCAAAGGACGAAGAUAUAGAGACUGUGGAUAUUACUGAGAUUGUAAAAGUGGUAUAUCCUGAGAACACUCGCAUUGAUGACAUUAUCAUCAAGCCAAUCCUAAUAAUCUUGGAAGAAGAAUGA